AUGGACACAGCUAAAUGGAAUAUUGUCCAUAUUGUAUUUGCUAUAAACCCAUUAAAGUACUUAAAGGGUUUGCCUCUCUCUCUCUCUCUCUCUCUCUCUCUCUCUCUCUCUCUCUCAUAUCUAUAUGGUACUUUCCAGUCUUUCUAUUCAUGCCUAUUAUUGUUUCUUCCUCUACUCUUCUUUACUCCCUAUUUUCUCUUUUUACUUCUUUAUCCUUACCUUUCACCUAGUUCUCUUUUUUUUUCUUUUCUUUUACCUCAUCCUUUUUUAUCCAACUUCUCUCUCAACAUUCUCUUUUUUUUAUUUCCCUCCCUUCCUUCUACUUUUUUCUUUGAUUUCCUUAUCUUUCUCCUACUCUCAUCUUUUCCUUUCUUUCUUUUUUUUCUGAUUCUUCCUUUUCUUUACUUUUUUCCUUUUUAUUUUCCUUCAAAUACCCUUUUUUGUUUUCCUGCAUUCUGCCUUUGCCUCUUCUUUCUCUCCACAUGUCUUUCAUCAUUUUAUUCUUAG